AAACGAGCCCUCAUCUCAACCGUCCGAUCACCCCACACCUCACAAAAAAGGAGGGAAACAAUCUUAUCCGUCCACUCUCUUCCUCUUCCCCUCUCCACUCCCUAUAUAACCAUUUCUAGGGUUCAUCUUCUCUGCCCAUCUACCUCACACCCUCGCCUUCUCCCUCUUCCUCCAAACCCUAAGAGAAAAAUGAGAGAAAUCCUACACGUUCAAGGAGGCCAAUGCGGCAACCAGAUCGGGUCCAAGUUCUGGGAAGUGGUCUGCGACGAACACGGCAUAGACCCGACGGGCCGAUACACCGGCACGUCCGAACUCCAGCUCGAGCGUGUCAAUGUCUACUACAACGAGGCUUCGUGCGGCAGAUUCGUCCCUCGUGCCGUCCUCAUGGAUCUGGAGCCCGGGACAAUGGACAGCGUCCGCACUGGGCCGUACGGCCAGAUCUUCAGGCCCGAUAACUUCGUCUUCGGUCAAUCGGGAGCCGGAAACAACUGGGCCAAGGGGCAUUACACUGAAGGAGCGGAACUGAUCGAUUCGGUUCUCGAUGUCGUCCGCAAGGAAGCCGAGAACUGCGAUUGCCUGCAAGGGUUUCAGGUGUGCCACUCUCUAGGUGGAGGAACUGGCUCUGGGAUGGGAACCCUGCUCAUAUCGAAGAUCAGGGAAGAAUACCCUGACCGGAUGAUGCUUACGUUCUCUGUAUUCCCAUCACCUAAGGUUUCGGACACAGUGGUUGAGCCAUACAAUGCUACUCUUUCUGUCCACCAGCUGGUGGAGAAUGCUGAUGAGUGUAUGGUGCUUGAUAACGAGGCCCUAUAUGACAUCUGCUUCAGGACUCUCAAGCUAACUACACCUAGCUUCGGCGAUCUGAAUCACUUGAUCUCUGCAACCAUGAGUGGUGUCACCUGCUGCCUGAGGUUUCCUGGUCAGCUCAACUCCGACCUCAGGAAGCUUGCUGUCAACCUCAUCCCCUUCCCUCGUCUCCACUUCUUCAUGGUUGGAUUUGCCCCGCUGACCUCCCGUGGGUCCCAGCAGUACCGUGCCCUGACGGUGCCAGAGCUGACCCAACAGAUGUGGGAUGCGAAGAACAUGAUGUGCGCGGCUGACCCUCGCCAUGGCCGCUACCUGACUGCGUCUGCCAUGUUCCGGGGCAAGAUGAGCACCAAGGAGGUAGAUGAGCAGAUGAUCAACGUCCAAAACAAGAACUCGUCCUACUUCGUCGAGUGGAUCCCCAACAACGUGAAGUCGAGUGUGUGCGACAUCCCUCCGAGGGGCCUGUCGAUGGCAUCCACGUUCAUUGGCAACUCUACGUCGAUCCAGGAGAUGUUCCGGCGGGUGUCAGAGCAGUUCACAGCCAUGUUCCGGCGCAAGGCCUUCUUGCAUUGGUACACUGGGGAAGGGAUGGAUGAGAUGGAGUUCACGGAGGCUGAGAGCAACAUGAAUGACCUGGUGUCAGAGUACCAGCAGUACCAGGAUGCGACUGCUGAUGAAGAGGGCGACUAUGAGGACGAGGAAGAAGAAGAGCCGGAGAUGUGAAGAAGGGUGGAAGCUUGCUUCUACGCUGUUAUGUGCUUGCCAUAUGCAUUUGCGAUGGUCCAAUGGGUCUUCAUUCUCAUCUCCAGAUUUUUGGAGAUGGGGAUAAUAUCAAUAUAGGUGAAAGAGCGAGUAGGGGAAAAGGGUAUUCUUUUUCCUUUGUUAUGAUGAUAUGGUUGUUGUAAUGGAGUAGGAUAGGGAAGGGUGUUGAACUUUGGAUGGUGUUGUUGUUUUGGGAUUCUCUUCUAUGUUGCUUUGCUCUCCGUUAGUAUAGUACUUGAAGUAUCUUUCCAAGU